AUGGACCCCAACAACAACCGCCUCCAUCUAAAUUUCGGGUACAAUGAUCGUAACUUCAAUGCCGCCGCCAACAACCGCGCGUAUCCUACCACUCCCUCCGCAUUCCCUCAGCCGAUUUAUCAAAGUCAGGGCCCCCAGGAUUACGUCGAGGCUCAGAAUGGAGCAUAUGGUCAGGGUUAUUUCGUGGCCAAUCCUUACCCUCCGCAGCAAGCGUACGCUCAGCCGCACUAUAGCCAGCCCAACGUACCGUCCUCCCAGCCGGCGGCCUAUCAAUCUCGGAUGGCCUACAAUGCCAACGAUGGCACCAACGGUCUGAUCCAGCAGUUUUCCAACCAGGAUUUGAACGCCAACCGCACCGGCUUUUUCGGUCGCUCUGCUUCUCCUGCGCAGAGACCGCGAACGGCGGGUGGUUCACCUGCCCCGGGGCAGCAACCACCACAGGGUCAUUUGGCCCCGCCUAUGCCUCGCAGUUCUCGGACUCCAGCCGAGAAUGAAGAGCUGCAACGCUACCCGGAACGAUUCUCGGAGAAUAUCCACAAGCGAGGCAAAGCGGCCAAAGAGUUGGUGAAUGUGUUCUUCCACGAGAAUAUUGAACGUGCGCGCGAUCGUAAUAUGCGUUCUGCUGAGCUUGAGAAGAUGAUCAGGGAUCCAGGUAUUUCACCGGACACGAAAUGCCAGGAGGCUGAGGUCCUUUCAAAGAAAGAGUCCACUUUUCUGCGAUUCCUCCGGACUCGGGAGACUCCUUCAAACUUCCAGACGAUCAAGGUUAUUGGAAAGGGUGCUUUCGGUGAAGUGAAACUUGUGCAAAGAAAGACUGAUGGCAAGAUUUACGCCCUUAAGUCUUUGAUCAAGACAGAGAUGUUCAAGAAGGACCAGCUGGCACAUGUUCGUGCUGAGCGUGACAUUUUGGCCGAUUCCAAGGAUAACCCAUGGCUCGUCAAGUUGCAUGCAUCGUUUCAGGAUUCUGCAUACCUCUACUUGCUGAUGGAGUUCCUGCCAGGUGGCGACCUGAUGACCAUGCUGAUCAAGUACGAAAUAUUCUCUGAAGAUAUCACUAGAUUCUACAUGGCUGAAAUCGUUAUGGCUAUCGAAGCUGUUCACAAGCUUGGUUUCCUUCACCGUGAUAUCAAACCGGACAACAUUCUUCUUGAUAGGGGCGGCCACGUCAAGCUUACCGACUUCGGUCUUUCCACGGGAGGCAAGAAGACGCAUGAUAAUUCCUACUACCAAAAUCUCCUAAAAAAUUCAACAUCAAAAGACAAGAACCGCAAUUCCGGCUACUUUAAUGAUGCGAUCAACUUGACGGUAUCAAACCGUGGGCAAAUCAAUACCUGGAGGAAGUCCCGCCGGGCCAUGGCCUAUUCGACGGUUGGCACGCCCGACUACAUUGCGCCUGAGAUUUUCAACGGCCAAGGAUACACCUACCUUUGCGAUUGGUGGUCUGUUGGUGCCAUCAUGUUUGAAUGCCUUGUCGGCUGGCCUCCGUUCUGUGCUGAAGACACGACCGAUACCUACCGGAAGAUCGUGAACUGGAGGGAGUGCUUGUACUUCCCCGAGGAGCUUACUCUUUCUCGUGAAUCCGAGGGCCUGAUCCGAAGUUUCCUAUGUGAUACAGACCACCGCAUUGGGAGCGAGGGUGGCCAGUUUGGAGGUGCUACCCAAAUCAAGAACCACCCAUUCUUCCGUGGUGUUGUUUGGGAGCAGCUUCGCAACAUCCGUGCUCCGUUUGAGCCCAAGUUGAGCUCGAACAUUGACGUGUCUUACUUCCCCAUCGACGAGAUUCCUCAGGAAGAUACCAGCGCCAUCCAUCGUGCUCAAGCUCGUGCUAUGCCCGAUGAACAGGAGGCCGAGAUGAGCCUUCCGUUCAUUGGAUACACCUACAAGGCCUUCAACGCAUUCCAAAGCAACUAA